CUCAGUGAUUACGUACAGAGCGAGUCCCUGCGGGUUAGGGGCCCCCUCUGGAGCCAUCCUGAUGGCUUUAGGGGCCUUGCUUCUAUUUUCCAUUAUUAUGUGGACUACCGGAGCGACAGCGCAGUCCAAGACCUUGCAGGUUUGUGAUGAGGAGGGAGCACACAGCAGCAGCAGCAGCAGCACACAUCUCCUUCUCUCUGCUCUCCUCUCCUCAAGCCAGGCGUAGACUUUUUUUCUUCCCAGAGACAAGGAGCUCAUCCAGCUCAUUUCUACCGAGAUCCCAGGCAUCCUACGAAGAGAUCCCCCCCCCAAACAAAAAAUACAACAACCCCCAAAACAAGACCCCCCUCCUCCCCUAUUACACAACAAGCAAAGAAUAAUAAGAAAUAAAGAGCAGCUCCCUGCAGCAGCCCCGUGCCCUCUGAUCGCAGGUAGUGCAGGAAAGUCCACACUUUAGGCUCUUUUCCCCUUUUUUAUUGGUAUUUUUGCUGUUGCUGAGUUUUGCACUAUUUUUAAGGAAUUCUCUUCCUCCUUGGACAGUUAGAGAAGAAAUCAUUUGUCCUUUAUAUAUAUUUUUUUUCCACCUCUAAAUAAACCUCUCCCUUUAGAAUUGAUUGGCUUCCCCCCCCCUAUCCUUGAAGUUUGCUCGGCCAGUGCACGGGGCGCAGACCGGACAGGGAGGCUGGAGGACCGGCUCGGUCUCGGCUGUAGGGGAUCCCCCUCGGUGUUGUUGUGUGUAGCCUUGUAGUUGUGUAACGGGCUGACAUUGAACAACUUCAGCUGUUUGCUUUUAGGAUGUCUCGCCGCAAGCAAGCGAAGCCAAGAUCACUGAAAGAUCCCAACUGUAAACUAGACGAUAAAUCUGAAGAUGGUGAAGCGACAGAUUGCAAGAAAAGGCAAGAGGAGGGGGAAGAACUAGAGGAAGAAGCCGCUCACAGCUGUGACAGUUGCCUUCAGGUGUUUGAGUCGCUGAGUGAUAUCACAGAACACAAGAUCAGUCAGUGUCAGCUGACAGAUGGUGCAGAUAUAGAAGACGAUCCAUCUUGUUCAUGGCCAGCGUCAUCACCAUCUAGUAAAGACCAGACAUCACCCAGCCACGGAGAAGGUUGUGAUUUUGGUGAAGAGGAGGGCAUUCCAGGCUUGCCAUAUCCCUGCCAGUUCUGUGACAAAUCAUUCAGUCGCCUCAGCUAUUUAAAACACCAUGAACAGAGUCACAGCGACAAGCUCCCUUUUAAGUGCACAUAUUGUAGUAGAUUGUUUAAGCACAAAAGAAGUAGAGAUCGCCAUAUAAAACUGCAUACCGGUGACAAAAAAUAUCACUGCAGCGAGUGUGAUGCAGCAUUUUCUAGAAGUGAUCAUCUCAAAAUUCAUUUAAAGACUCACACUUCCAACAAGCCAUAUAAGUGUGCCAUCUGUAGGAGGGGGUUCUUGUCUUCUAGCUCAUUGCAUGGUCAUAUGCAAGUACAUGAAAGAAAUAAAGAUUGUUCACAAUCUGGUGCAAGAAUGGAGGACUGGAAAAUGAAGGACACCCAAAAAUGCAGUCAAUGUGAAGAGGGGUUUGAUUUUCCUGAGGAUCUUCAGAAACAUAUAGCUGAAUGUCACCCUGAAUGUUCUCCAAAUGAUGAUAGAGCUGCUCUCCAAUGUAUGUAUUGCCAUGAACUUUUUGUUGAAGAAACCUCUCUUUUGAAUCACAUGGAGCAAAUUCACAGCAAUGAGAAGAAAAACUCUUGCAGCAUUUGUUCAGAAAAUUUCCACAGCAUUGAGGAGCUGUAUAGCCAUAUGGAUAGUCAUCAACACCCCGAAUCCUGUAAUCCAAGCAACAGUCCCUCUUUAGUUACUGUAGGCUAUACAUCGGUGUCAAGUACCACCCCUGAUUCAAACCUGUCUGUGGACAGUUCUACAAUGGUAGAUGUUGCCCCACCACUACCUAAAAGUCGUGGGAGGAAAAGAGCUUCUCAGCAAGCUGGUGAUGUCAAUGCCCCUUCAAACAAGCAAGCUAAAGUCACGUACAGCUGUAUCUACUGCAGCAAACAGCUAUUUUCUAGUCUUGCUGUCCUCCAGAUACAUCUUAAAACUAUGCAUUUAGACAAACCAGAACAGGCUCAUAUCUGCCAGUACUGCUUAGAAGUAUUACCUUCUCUCUAUAAUCUAAAUGAACAUCUCAAACAGGUACAUGAAACUCAGGAUCCAGGUUUAAUUGUUUCUUCUAUGCCUGCCAUGGUGUAUCAAUGCAACUUUUGCUCUGAAAUAUUCAAUGACCUUAACAUGCUCCAAGAGCACAUUAGAAGUUCACAUGGGUUUCCAAAUCCAGUUGCAAAAGACAGUAAUGCAUUCUUUUGUCCCCAUUGCUACAUGGGAUUUCUCACAGACUCUUCUUUAGAGGAGCACAUUCGUCAAGUUCAUUGUGAGCUCAGCAGUUCACGUUUUGGUUCUCCAGUGUUGGGUACCCCAAAAGAGCCAGUGGUUGAAGUAUACUCUUGCUCAUAUUGUACCAAUUCACCUAUCUUUAAUAGUGUUCUUAAAUUAAACAAGCAUAUCAAGGAAAAUCACAAGAACAUUCCGCUGGCAUUAAAUUACAUCCAUAAUGGGAAGAAAUCUAGGGCUCUGAGUCCCUUAUCUCCUGUUACUUUGGAUCAAUCCUCCUUAAAGAUGAUGCAGACCAUUGGUGGCAAUCCUUCAAGACCUGCAGGCGAGUACAUCUGCAAUCAGUGUGGUGCCAAGUAUUCAUCCCUCGACGGUUUUCAGACUCACUUAAAAACUCAUCUUGAUACCGUUCUGCCAAAAUUGACAUGCCCCCAGUGCAACAAAGAUUUUCCAAACCAAGAAUCUCUUUUAAAGCAUGUUACUAUUCACUUUAUGAUCACAUCUACAUAUUAUAUUUGUGAAAGUUGUGACAAACAGUUUACUUCAGUAGAUGAUUUGCAGAAGCACUUACUAGACAUGCAUACAUUCGUUUUCUUCCGUUGUACACUAUGUCAGGAAGUGUUUGACUCCAAAGUCUCCAUUCAGCUUCACUUGGCGGUGAAACACAGCAAUGAAAAGAAGGUAUACCGUUGCACUUCCUGUAACUGGGACUUUCGCACAGAAACUGACUUACAGCUUCAUGUAAAGCACAACCACCUGGAGAACCAGGGGAAAAUCCAUAAGUGCAUUUUCUGUGGCGAGUCCUUUGGCACAGAAGUAGAGCUACAGUGUCACAUUACCACCCACAGCAAAAAAUAUAAUUGCAAAUUUUGCAGCAAAGCUUUUCAUGCCAUCAUUUUAUUAGAAAAACACUUGAGGGAAAAACAUUGUGUGUUUGAAUCCAAAACCCAAAACUGUGGAACCAAUGGAGCUCCAGAACAAGUUCAGAAAGAGGAAGUAGAACUUCAGACCUUGCUGACAAACAAUCAAGAGUCUCAUAAUAGUCAUGAUGGCAGUGAAGAAGAUAUUGAUACCUCUGAAACAAUGUAUGGCUGUGAUAUAUGUGGUGCUGCCUACACCAUGGAAUCUCUUUUGCAGAAUCACCAACUCCGAGAUCACAAUAUCCGACCUGGAGAAAGUGCAAUUGUCAAGAAAAAAGCUGAGUUAAUUAAAGGAAAUUAUAAGUGCAAUGUCUGUUCUCGUACAUUUUUUUCUGAAAGUGGUCUGAGAGAGCACAUGCAGACACAUCUUGGUCCAGUAAAGCAUUACAUGUGUCCCAUAUGUGGAGAACGUUUCCCAUCUUUGCUAACUCUUACCGAACACAAAGUCACACACAGUAAGAGUCUGGACACUGGGAGCUGCAGAAUUUGCAAACUUCCUCUACAUAGUGAGGAGGAUUUCUUAGAACAUUGUCAAAUGCAUCCAGAUCUAAGAAAUUCAUUGACAGGGUUUCGUUGUGUGGUAUGCAUGCAGACAGUGACCUCCACACUGGAGCUUAAGAUUCAUGGCACAUUUCAUAUGCAGAAAACUGGAAACGGAUCUGCAAUUCAAUCCACUGGUCGUGCCCCCAUCCUACAGAAGUUGUUCAAGUGUGCUUCUUGUCUAAAAGAGUUUCGCUCUAAACAGGACUUAGUGAAGCUUGAUAUCAAUGGUUUGCCCUACGGCCUUUGUGCUAUGUGUGUUAAUCUUAGUAAAAGUGCCAGUCCAACUGCCAAUGUCAUUCUAAGCACUAAUAGGCCUUCUCUAGGUCAGACUGACAAUGCACCCUGUGUAGAUGGUAAAAAUAAGGCCUCCGUACUGAAGACCCGAUGCUCUAGUUGCAAUGUUAAAUUUGAAUCUGAAAGUGAACUUCAAAAUCACAUUCAGACGGUCCACAGAGAGCCUGGGUCUGAAAACAAUUCUCAGCUGAAAACGCCACAAGUGUCACCAAUGCCCCGCAUCAGCCCUUCUCAGUCUGAAGAGAAGAAAACCUAUCAAUGCAUCAAGUGCCAGAUGGUGUUCUACAAUGAAUGGGAUAUCCAGGUCCAUGUUGCAAAUCACAUGAUAGAUGAAGGUCUGAACCAUGAGUGUAAGCUCUGCAGCCAGUCAUUUGACUCCCCAGCAAAACUCCAGUGUCAUCUUACUGAACACAGCUUUGAAGGAAUGGGAGGCACAUUUAAGUGCCCCGUCUGUUUUACAGUAUUUGUUCAAGCAAAUAAAUUGCAGCAGCAUAUUUUUUCGGCUCAUGGACAAGAGGACAAGAUCUAUGACUGCACACAAUGCCCACAGAAAUUCUUUUUCCAGACUGAGCUGCAGAACCACACAAUGACCCAACAUAGCAGUUAAUGCAAAAAACAUACUCAUCUGAAGAUCAUUUGGAGGCACAGAAAAGGGAACACGUUUUAAUCUUUGCACGGAACUUUGUUUAUGUAUAUUAUCCCAAAAAGCAUUGUAUUUUACCAUAAAACUUGUAUUAUUGGAACUGUUGGAUGUUCAUGUGUUUGGACUUUUGAGCACCGGAUAAACUUAUUGUAUAUACAGUGUUGCACAUGUAUUAUGUUGUUCAAUUUGAAAAUAGUCUUAUAAAGACAACCGACUUUGGCCCUAUUCAAGGAGAAGAAAUCACAAUCCUGGGAAGAAAAAGGCUGACGUAAAUGUGCUUCUUUGCAGGCAAACCAGGAAAGGGUUGUUUUUAUUCCAGCUGUAUUCCAACUGCCUUUUCACCAGUUUUUGGUCUUUAAUUGACAUUUUAAUAUAAAACAGCCGAUUUUUUUUUAUAAUGCAGCAGAAGAUUCUUGCACAAAAUAAAAAAAAAGCUUUUCUCAUUAAAUGAAAGAAAAUCUUGAAUAAGGCCUAUAUAAAUAUAUACAUACCUACAUACAUAUAUAUAUAUUUGUAAGCCUUGCGGUAUGGCAGAUAGCAUUACCAUAUAUGCAAUAGUCGUUAUGUAGAUUGUCCCUCCGACUUUUCUCCGGAAGACCAUUCUGUUGCUUUGUGCGUCCAAACUUUUUUGUUUACCUUUUUUUCUUCCUUUUUUUAUAUUAAUGAUUACACAGCCAAAUUCUUGAAUCCGUUAAGCCAACUUGUAUGUUACUGUUAUUAAUGUUUACUCUGCCGUCUAAACCUGGA